GCGACGCUGGAGUCGCACAUGGGCAUUCCGACCGCGCAGGAGGACAUUCACACCAUUGCAGCAAAUGCAUGGGACGAGCUGGCGAUUCCAUCAGGGUCGUCUGUGGACCGCAUCGUGUCAGUUUAUCGUGAGAUCUGUCUCAAGCGGGCUUUGGGCAUGGAGGUAGACAAGGAAUUCUUCAAGAAGGCCGUUGCAUACCGUUUCCUGAAUUCCAUUCCCCUUGCACGGAAAGAAUACCGCGCGGAUGACAUCUUGCCAUUGCUGCAUUCGCUCGAUGCCCAAGGUGACAUCACUGACCCAUCUCGAAGCGUCCGGGCGUGUGCGAUGCUUGAUGUGUCCAUCGGGUGCAUGGAGCGUGCCCAAAGCCCGUGGCACCUUCCCCACGUGAACUACGUGAUCAACGUGCAUUACUGCAUGCGAAAACACGUCGUGCGACGUCGAUACACAGAAUUCCAGGCAUUGCACAAUGCAUUGAUGCAAAAGCUCCCCGUCAUUCCGCAUCUGCCCGAGAAGUCGUGGCGGUACAAGCUCAUCAUGCCAAGCGACCGGGCGCGAGACCUCGUGCUUUACUUGAGUCGCGUCAUCCAGCUCUUGACGUAUCGCAGGCUGUUUUCGACCGACAUCAUGGCAUUUCUCGACAUCAAUUUCUGCAAAGUCCGGUCUGAGGAGGAGGCGCUGUCGGCAGACGCGCUCAACCGCAUUGCCCCCGUCUUAGAAGGGUCCAUUGUUUUUCUCGUGGGUUCGUCGUGGAUGUCGCAGUGGCGCAACUUUGUCCUGGACAAGGACGGAAUGUCGCCACCUGGCCCGAUCUCGAACGAAGACCUCCUGGACGAACACGGCAUGCCGAAAAAGCACAUGGUCGCACCUCGGCACUACCGCUUCCUGAGCGCUCCUGCGUGGAAGUUUUUUUGGCUGAUUUAUCGCGGCGGGCCCGAAAUCACGCGCAACACGAAAACCAUUUACGCCCCGACGGUGCUCAGUCCUGACAUGGCGUGUUUGAAAAUACAAACGUACGUGCGGGGCUUCUUGGCGCGAUCGCAAGCGCGCCGCCGACGACGGUCGCUCGGCCUUCGUCGCCCCAUCAUGGAGCGAUCGUACGAAGCGAUGGAAACCCUUCACCGGACCGAGCAAAAAAUGCAAAACAUUCAGUCGCUGCUACAACUCAAGGUGACGCAGAACCGGCACUCGGCUGCCGUGACCAUCCAACAAGCGUACAAGCGGUACAAGCACCGAGUGCUGUAUGCGGACGACAUCCCCGUCAAGAUCGAGACGACCGUUGUGCCGGAGGUCGAAGUCGACUACUUUACGCUCCAAGAGAUCGGACUCAUCGACGAUGACGAAACGCGGCUCGUGCAAUUUAUACACACGAUGCAGAAAGGAGUGGCCAUUCUCAAGCUGAGCUCUCGGUACAAACCAACGCCCAAGCUCAAGUUUUUCAAACUUGACCGCAUCGGGAGUCAACUCAUGUGGACAUGCAAAGCCAAACCAACGCCCAAGUCGAUCGUGUUGGCGCAUGUCCAACGCAUUGCCAUCGAAGCGCCCGUUGCGCUCAAGUCGGUGCUCGGCCUACGCCCGAAACAGGUCCAGCGACGCCGUCGUAAAUUGCUGACGCGAAGGAACAUGCAUAGACGGCGGUGCUGGACCAUGGAGUUGUCAUGACGUUGGCCGACAAGGAAGUCGUCCUGGUGGCGGACUCCAAGUGCGCGUGCAACGCCCUCUACUUUGGCCUGCAAAUCUUGAUCAAGGAGGGCAAGGUGUCGAUGACAGCACCGAAUCAUUUCGACGAAGAUGGCGUGAUGCGACGCCAGCUCGUACAUGCCAAAGAUCUCGUGCGGCAAGCGCUUGUUGUGCACGACGACCUCGUGGCCGAUUUGUGAUGGCCACGCGAUGCGCCACGAUUCCAUCGCAGCUCCACGUGCAGAUAAGGGACAUGUACAAUGGGUUUCGU